GGGGCGUUUGGGCGUAUCGGUUCGCUUUUCAAGGAGGUGGACAAGCCGGACACUCUCACUUGCUGUAGGUAAAACCAACGAACACGACAAUGGAGACCAGGCUUGUCAUCGCCGCAGCAUUGUUGCUCGCGGCACUCAUCCUGCCAACCUGCAAAGCCGACUGCGACGCGAAACCGAAGAAGCCCGUCAAACCGAAGAUGAUUCCAAACCUUCUCAAGAAUUACAAACAAGGAUGGAAACUGACAGCGGAAAUCAGCGACUCCAGCGAGAAAACUACGACCUAUCUGACCGAGUACUACGACAUGAGCUCGAAACAGGGCUUUCUCAGCUUCAAGCAAGACGGCGGUGACGACAUCAACCUCUUCUACAUGUCGCGCACCAGAGAGCUGUUCAUAUACCGAAACCACGAGUGCCAAGUCACGGAUGUUCAGAAUCCACCGGAACCUGUCAAAUCGCUCAUAUACGAGUGGCGAACCUGGCGCGAGAACCUCACAAUCCUGGGACCGUCCGCACUUUUUGCCAGGGCCUGGACGAGCCAGGGAAAAGAACUGUACUACCAAGGUCCCUCCGAACCCAUCCGUGGAAUCAAAAGCCUGCAGUGGGCGGCUUGCUACGCCGACGACACUGAGCCGACCCGGAUCUGGUUUGCCGACUCCCAGUGGGAUUUGGGUUACGGUACCUGGAAAUCGCUGCCACUCAGAAUCACUUCUGGAUCGCAGACGGUCGACGUCAUGAUGCUGCAACCUUAUUUAGGAGAUGACGACAUUUUGAAGAUCCCCCUUGGAAGAGGAUGUAAGCGUCUGGCCCGGGGUCUCCCGCUUCCACCCAACUUCUCCAACCUGGACCUCGAAUUUCACGUCGAAGUCGCCUUCAGCAACCCCACGGUUCUGGGCCCCACGCACUUCCUGUCCCACCUGGAGGUCAUCCGCAACGUUAAGAACAACCUACUCAGCGUGACGACUGAGGACUGGACGGCGGCCAACAACGUCGCUUCCCCUCUUGUCAUCAUGGAACAUAUCUACGACUACGCCAAUGGUCACGUAUACAGUUACGUGGACACCAACGGCCUCGUUGGCUGCAAAAUCGAAGCCCGAGACGACGUGGCACCCACCGUUCCAUUUCCGGACAAGAACGAAGUCAACUUGUUGCAGACGAUACUGCCUACAUACGACAUCCUCAAGAACGCCAGCUACCUCGGCAUCCAUGAGGUCCGUGGCAUGCCUGUACACAUCUUCGAGCUGGUGACCGGCCCAAUGUCAGUAGGAAAUGCCAACCUCGGCCAUGCUGUGCUCACCUACGGCUUCCUUACGGAGGACGAUUACAUUCUGGAUACCGCUGUCGACCAUAGAAACCUACCUGUUCAAGUCACCAUGCUCGCCUACGGCGUUAACAACAAGCCUUACUUUUACUUCUACGCGAACAUCCACGACAUAACGACUACUGUGACUGACUUGAACGAGAAGCUGAGCGUGAAGGACUGCUACGACGAGAACGACUCAGAGUACACCUGGGUCCAGCUCGGAUUCCCAGUGACUGAUAGGCCGGCCCUCAUGAUGGCAAACAGCGCCAACAUCAAGCGGGCGUUCCUGGAGGAAUUACAGAACGUCACAGGGCUAUCGCCGCUCAGAACCCCGGAUGUGCUGAUUGAUUUCACGGAUAACAUGGCCUACGUCACUGUGCUUAUUCUGGGACAUCCUGCAAUUUCGGGCGACUACGCAGAGAUACCGAAAAUGAAAAUCAUGGAGCCCGAAUGGACGGAGGGGGCCAUCACGCGCGACAACUGUCUCAAGGCGUGCUCUUCCAAGGACAACAAGGACUGCAGCGCCGUAUCCUACUGUAGUUCAGUCUGUGCGACGACGACGAAGGCGAGUGUCAACUCGUCAGGCGUGCUCGUGAACUCGGGAGACUGCAGCACCUACGUGAAGACAGAACGUUCAAAAAGAAGGAACGUCGUCCUCACCCGAGACGCCAUCUCGUACCUGGAAGAUGCACUACGAAAAAGCGAGUUCAAGAUUGUCGUGAAGCACCUCAACACAGUAAUAGUGGUUGGCACACUCGUCGCUGAAACUAUAGAGUACUCCACGGGAGGGCUGCGUAACAUGAUCGGAGAGUCGAACCCCGACUUGAGACACCUACACCAACGCAACAGCUUCAACGCACCCGAAGGUCUCAAAGAGAAACUGGUGGUGACGGCGCUCAAGACGGACAAGCCCUACGGUGGAUACGUGGGCUCGUUCGAGUUGCAGGACUGCGCCGACGUCUGUCGUGACCGCGAGGACUGCUUCACCUUCUCGAGCUGCCUGGUCGGCAAGCAGUGCGUCAUCGCCACGGAGGCCCGAAAGCCAGAAUUCGAAGAGACCGAGUUCCAGGCGGACUGCACCAUGUACACGAAGUCGUACGAGAUGAACUCCGAAGAGCUGCCGGACAUAUGCUACUCGUCCGCGGCGACCAAGUACGUGGGCGACGAGCCUCGCCUCGGAGUGCGCCGCCGCAUGCAUGAACGAGAAAGAGUUCACGUGCAAGGCGUUUGACUUCUGCGCAACCCCGCGCGAGGGGGGACUGUCCUGCCGCCUCCAGGACAGGAGCAUGCUGCAGGUCGACAACGCCAAUGACCUCGACCGAAGCGGCGCCGAGAAGUGCAGUCACUUCACGCGUAAGCACAUCAGCGACUACUGCAAGGAGCGGAGGGUCCGUCUGCUGGGCACGCCACGCACGACAAUCAAGAAGGUGUCGGAGGCCGAGUGUGCGCGACAGUGUUGGGAGGCCACUUUCCGCUGCGAAAGGUUCGACCACUGCUCGGGCAAGAACGAACUUGGCAAGAGCGACUGCCUCCUCUUCGACGGCGACAAGGGAACCGACGGCACCGUCAUGUCGCCCAUCUGCAACUCGUACACGUAGACGGGACAAUAUAACGACCUGGUAGCAAGAGCGCCUCAGGCAUUUCACAGCAACG